AUGGCUUCCUCUGUGCCUCGGACGGUCUAUCUAGGCACUUUCAUCUCCGCGCCCCAUGCUGGACCGGAGGCAGGGCUCGAGAUUCGAGAUGGGGCCGUGCUGGUUUCCGCCGGGGGUGUUAUUGAGAAGUGUGAUUGGAGCGUUAGGUCGGCGGAGGAGGCGAGGGCGGUGUUCGGGGUGGGAGAGGAGGUUGGGGUGAGGACUUUGGGGGAGGGAGAGGGGAAUGGGUUCUGGUUUCCGGGGUUUGUUGAUACCCACAUCCACGCCCCUCAAUACCCCAACACCGGCAUCUUCGGGCAAUCCACCCUCCUCGACUGGCUAGAAACCUACACCUUCCCCCUAGAAUCAUCCCUCGGCAAUCCCAACUCACCCCUAUACACCAGUCAUCCCACGCACAAUGCCCCCACCGACCCCCUCACCCGCGCCAAACAGAUCUACCGCCGCGUCAUCUCGCGCACCCUCGCAUCCGGAACAACAACCGCAGCCUACUACGCCACCAUCCACGUCGAAGCCACGAACGCAUUGGCCGAUCUCGCCCUCGAGCUUGGUCAACGCGCUCUGAUUGGGCGUGUGUGCAUGGACGAAGCGAGGACAUGCCCGGAGUACUACCGCGACGAGAGCACGGAGGUCAGCAUGGCGAACUCGAGGGCUUGCGUCGAGCACUGCAGAACGCUAGACCCGAGCGGGGAGAGGAUCAAGCCAAUACUCACGCCCAGGUUUGCGCCGAGCUGUCAGCUUUCUACGUUGACUGCGCUGGCGAGGCUGGCGAAGCAGGAGCACCUGAUGGUGCAAACGCAUAUCUCGGAAACUACCUCGGAGAUCGAGAUGGUGAGGAGGAUGUUCCCGGAUUCGGAUUCUUACGCCGCAGUGUAUGACGACGCCGGGUUGUUGGGCGAGAAGACGAUCUUGGCGCAUGCUGUGCACCUGAGCAAGGAAGAAAGGGCACUGGUGAGGGAGAGGAAGGCCAAAGUGGCGCAUUGUCCGGCUAGUAAUUCGGCGUUGGGGUCAGGGUAUUGCCCUGUGAGGACGCUGUUGGAGGAGGGGAUCGACGUUGGUUUGGGGACAGAUGUUAGUGGUGGGUUUUCUUUGAGCGUGCUGGAGGCGGUGAGGCAGGCAUAUUUGGUUUCGAGGACGGUGGCAUAUCAUGCUGGUGGGAAUACCAAAUACAAUAUUGGCUUGGCGGAGGGGCUACAUCUGGCAACGGUGGGUGGGGCAAAGGUGGUGGGCAUGGAGGGACGAAUGGGGGCUUUUCGGGAGGGAAUGCUCUGGGAUGUUCAAGAGGUUGGGCUGGGCAGAGUUGAUGGGAAUGGUAAGGGUGAAUCAAGUGCUGUUGAUCUGUUUGGUUGGGAGUUUUGGGAAGAGAAGGUCGCCAAGUGGGUUUGGAAUGGCGAUGACAGAAAUGUGAAGAGGGUGUGGAUUGGUGGUAGACUUGUUCAUGGACAGGACUGA